UGCACAUCCCUGAUAGGUCUCUGUGGUAUGACAGGAAGUAAAUAAUAAACAUCAGUAUUUAAUGCUUCAAUUUACACAGUAGUCUACCUGUAAGAGCGGCUUCAUCUUGUGCAGCUUAUUAUUUGGUUACCUUGGGUGGGCGUUUUGUAUAUUUUAUUUAUUAUGAUGUGGUGAGCUCUCAAUAUGUGCAACUAGGCGAGAACAACUGACAUUAUCGCUAUGGAGAUCAACUUGGGUGCAGAUACCUCGGGUUUGUACACAUUGGAAACAGUUACAGGGGAAGGUGAAUCGAGUAAGGAGAGUGGAGAGAGUGACCGUGAUUUUGAAGAAAAACCUGGCAAGAUCAAAGAAGGUAAGCUUGGAGUAAAGAAAAAAGAUAAGGAAGACAAAGACAAAGACAAAAAGAAGGACAAAGACAAAGGUUAUGCUGCAUUAGAAGGCGAGAGUUCUCCAGAAGAAUCAGAAAUGGAAGUAAAGAGUCCUUUUAAGGGGAAGAAGCGUUCCUUCAAGUUCUCCAGUCGCAAGGAAAAGAAGAGCAAAGAUGAAGAAAAAGAAAAGAAAAAAGAGAAAGAUAGGAAAUUAUCCAAAGAAAGUGACAUUUCUCCAAAAGAAUUGAGAGAAGAAACAAGCAAGGUGGAAAAAACUGACAAAAAGAAAGAUAAAAAAGAAAAAGAGAAAGAAACCAAGGUGAAGGAGAAAGAGACUAAAGUCAAAGACAAGGAAAAGGAUGUAAAAAGCAAAGAUAUUAAGAACAAAUUAAAAAUCAAAGAUAAAAUGAAAAAAACCAAACCCCACACAUCCCUUGAAGAUGACUUGCCUGUUUUUGGCGUGCCCUUAGAGUUAGCCAUUCAAAGAAGUGGUUCUCAUGACGGAAUAGAUUUGCCUGUUGUAGUUCGCUGUUGCAUUGACUACAUAGAAGAUUAUGGAUUGCAACAAGAAGGAAUUUUUCGAAGUUCUGGACUCAAAACUCGCGUAGUUGAACUCCGACGAGCAUACAACAACCGCGAAAACGUAGUGCUAAAAGAUGUUGACCCGCCGAUCGUAGCAAGCCUUCUGAAGCAAUACUUGCGGGAACUGCCUGAUAAUAUUUUAAGUAACGAGCUUUUAUCCAAAUUCGAGGAUGCCUCAUCUAUCAAAGAUAGCCAACUUCAAGAGGAGACCUUUAGCAGUCUUAUUCGGCAAUUACCUGUAUACAAUAGAACACUGUUAUCUUGGUUGAUGGUGCUCAUGGAUCAUGUGAUAGAAAAGGAGCGAUUUAACAAAAUGAACGUGCAAAAUCUUAGUAUUGUACUUUGCCCAACAUUAAAUUUGACUCAUCGUGUCCUGGGGUGUCUCUUCGCAUAUAGUCGUUCGCUUUUUGCUGGCACUCAAAUAAUAAGGUACAUUCCACCUCUAUCUGGCGUUGGAGUCAGUUUACCCGACGAGUUCGAUGCUAUGACAAUUGAACUCAAGAAACAAGAAUCGUUGCUUGCCCAAAUCCAUUGUGAGAUGAGUGUUGGAUCUGUGGCGAAACAUCGAGAAGAACAACUAUGGGAAGCACAGCGCAUCGUUACGCAGCUUAAGAGACAACUGAAACUGCAGGCACCCACUUCUACAGCUCCUAUGGCUGCUGUGGUCCAAAACACAGUUUCUGAAACUCCAAAACCAGCAACUUUGCCAGAUGUGGGGCCUAGUGGACAUGAUGUUGAGCUAAGGUUGGAAUUGGCUCUUCCCGUUAAAGUUCUUUCUGAACCAGCUGACCAGGUCCCCAAUCCUGAGUUGAGAAGCGAUAGAGAUAUAAUGGAGCAGGAUGAAGAAGUAUCAAAAGGCGAGUCACCCAGUGCUGAAGUAGUUGAUGAAAGCAUUCAAGAGCCGCCACCCAAGAAUUCAACAGAAAAUGCGUGCCACGUUACUGUUAUUGAAAUUACUGGUCAUUCGGCAGAAUCAGCAUCAUCUGAUCAAAACACGGGAUGGAAUGCGCCGGAAACUGAAACGCCGUUAACAAAGGAAGAAGAAAUGGAACUUCUUUUAAUGAUUGAAAACCAUGAACGAGAGAAGAUUAUAGAAAAACUUUCAGAAGCAAUCGAAAAGGAGCGCAAGUCGAUAGAGCGAUUGCAAGAACUGUUGGCAGAUACAACUACUUCGUGGACUGACAGUUCUGAGGACGACGACGGACUAGAUGUAGGCGAAGAAGAACAAGAACAGCUUUUGGCAGAAGUGCUCCGUGAAAAUCGUCAAUUGGAGGAACAGAACAUGUUACUGCAGAGCCAAAUUGAAGAAAUCGGAGAGGCUUGUUUGAAAUUCAGAGCCCAGUUGCGAUUACGAGAAGAAAAGACAAAAUUACCAAUUGUGGGAGCUAAUGGAAUAAUUGCUUAAAUUUUUGCUUGAUCUGAACGUUCGCCAUAUAGUUAUUGAAAAGCCGCUUGUGUUACUGUUAUAAAAAUAAAUCAAUUAAGUAAACUUAA